GAGAUUUAUCUCAUUUCAUUGAAUUAUUUAUCGGGUAAAGGGAGAAAUUGUAAAAUUUGAAUAAUCGGGAAAUAAAAUCGAAGGGUUUGAUCGUAUUGAACGCGAUUUCGAGUAAUAAAUUUUGUUCUACUGUCAAUGAGAGCGAAACAGGAAAAAAGCGAUCCAUAUAUCGAUUGCAGGAGAUAGGGGUCAGUGGUGCUCGUGCGUUAGACCUGAUGUCGUGGUUUUUCUCCACUUUAUGUUCAAACGUUUGACUUGGAACAACCCCUAGUUCAAAUUUAAUUGUGAAUUUACCAUUUCACCCGCUGCACUUUCUCUCAUAUCUAAAAAUUCAUUAAGAAAACGAAAAUGAUAACGAAAUUAUAAACUGUGCACUGAGGUUCAUGAAAAAUUUAAACGAUGAAGUACCAGCGGGUUUCUGUCGAUUUUGUCAACAUGGUUUUCACAGCCUUCACGUAUGUAGCUCUUGCUGGAGCUGUUUGGGUAUUUCUCAGGUUAUUACAAGCCUGUUUUUCAUUACCCAAGCAUUUAAAAAAACAAAAUGACAUACAACAAAUGCUCCAGGACAAGGUGGACAGUUACGAGAAAUACAUUGAGGAAUGCGAAGCGAAAGAGAAAGAAGCUGCAGAAUCUGGUGAGACUGUAGUAUCAGUGGAUGAAAAUGGUGAAGAGAGAUCGGAAGUGCCAGUGAUUGAUGAGACAAAGUGGAAAGAGAGGAGAGAAUGUUUAGAAAUGUUGAAGAAAGAAUUGAGAAGGGUCAGGGAUGGUGGUGACCAAUACGACUGGGAUUAUCUUCUUGAAGAGGACGAGAAAGAGGAAAAAGAGGAGAAGGACAUCCUGGGGAAAGAAGAGAAAAAGGAGAAAGGGGAGGCAGAAGAAAAUCACAAGAAAAUGGAUGACGAGACAUUCAGUGAUGUUGAUGAAGAAAAAUGCAAAUCCAAGACACAACUCAACUUCAGGAAUGAUGUGGGCGAUAAGAAAGAACCGGAAGAGAUUCCAGUGGAAGAGAAAAAAAAGAAUAAAUAGGCUUGACCCAUUUUUCAAGUGCACCGUUUGUCAAUUAUACUUCAUACAACGGAUAAUUGUUUUUCUUUUGGGUAAUUCGUGUUUUUUAAUUGAACUAUUUAGAAAAGUGCGGAAAUUAUACUCGUGUCUUCAGUGCCCAAUUUGUUAAUUAGUCAUCAUCAUUAACGAGAGACUCGUCUAUUGUUUAUUUUUUAAUUAAAAGUGAUUAUUUAUUCAUUCUAGAUUAUGUCUGACGGAGUGUAUUAAUACUGGAAAUUUCAAUUUUUUAUGUUUGAAUAAUUGAUACUCCA